UUGACAAUACACCACCUAGCCAACCAGCGAGCAGCUCCGCAGGGAUACGAGCAUAUGACCACGCCCCUUCAGUGUUUAGGUUUCGUUUGAUGGCGAGGAGAGUUUGCUGGGAGUCUCUGACAUUAAGACUGCUUUUGUGUUUGCUUCAUUUCGAUCGGUCCUUCUGGGUUGUUUCCUAAUGACGGCAUAGUAACUAGUCAUGGUGGUGAAUUCGAUGCACUGGUUUCGCAAAGGUCUGCGUUUGCACGAUAAUCCGGCGCUGCAGGAGGCCCUCAAUGGAGCGGAUACAGUGCGCUGUGUUUAUAUCCUGGACCCUUGGUUUGCUGGCGCCUCUGACGUAGGAAUCAACCGAUGGAGGUUUCUGCUGGAGGCUCUGGAGGACCUGGACAACAGUCUGAAGAAGUUCCACUCCAGAUUGUUUGUAGUCAGAGGGCAGCCUACUGAUGUUUUCCCAAGGCUUUUCAAGGAAUGGAAAGUGACCAGGUUAACAUUUGAAUAUGAUCCGGAACCUUAUGGGAAGGAUAGGGAUGGCGCCAUCAUCAAGGUUGCGCAAGAGUUUGGAGUGGAGACUGUUGUUAGAAAUUCGCACACACUCUUCAACCUGGAUAGGAUAAUCGAGAUGAACAACAACAGUGCUCCUCUAACCUUUAAGCGGUUUCAGACCAUUGUGAGCAGGCUGGAGUUGCCCAGGAGACCCUUGCCUCCUGUCACAUACCAGCAGAUGGACAAAUGUCGCACUAAAAUGGCUGACAACCAUGACCAGCUGUACAGUAUACCUUCACUGGAAGAACUGGGUUUCAGGACGGAGGGUUUACUGCCGGCUGUGUGGCAGGGAGGAGAGUCUGAGGCCUUGGACCGACUCAACAAACAUCUGGACAAGAAGGUAUGGGUGGCCAACUUUGAGCACUCUCGGCGCAACACGUGCUCUCUGUAUGCCAGUCCCACUGGCCUCAGCCCCUACCUGCGCUUCGGCUGUCUGUCCUGUAGGGUGUUGUACUACAACCUCCGAGAACUCUACAUGAAGCUCCGUAAGCGUUGCAAUCCUCCUCUGUCCCUUUUUGGCCAGUUGUUAUGGAGGGAGUUCUUCUACACCGCUGCCACCAACAACCCAAACUUUGACCGCAUGGAGGGAAACCCCAUCUGUGUCCAGAUCCCAUGGGACCAGAAUCCAGAGGCAUUGGCCAAGUGGGCUGAGGGUCGGACUGGUUUUCCCUGGAUCGAUGCCAUUAUGACCCAACUAAGACAGGAGGGCUGGAUCCACCACCUAGCCCGACAUGCCGUGGCCUGCUUCCUCACCAGAGGAGACCUGUGGAUCACCUGGGAGAGUGGCAUGAAGGUGUUUGAGGAGCUGCUGCUGGAUGCAGACUGGAGUGUAAAUGCUGGCAGCUGGAUGUGGCUAUCCUGCAGUGCCUUCUUCCAGCAGUUCUUCCACUGCUACUGUCCUGUUGGCUUUGGAAGGAGAACCGACCCAUCAGGAGACUAUAUCAGGCGUUAUAUCCCCACCUUAAAGGACUACCCAAACCGGUACAUCUACGAGCCGUGGAAUGCGCCAGAGUCGGUCCAGAAGGCAGCCAACUGCGUGGUGGGGGUGGAUUACCCCAAACCUAUGAUCAACCAUGCAGAGGGCAGUAGGCUCAACAUCGAGAGGAUGAAACAAGUUUACCAGCAACUCUCCCAUUACAGAGGACUCAGUCUACUAGCAUCAGUACCAACAAUCCAGGAGGAGGCAGAGCCACCAAUGACCGAUGAGUCCCAGAGCAGCAGUGGCCCUGACUCUCCUCUCAGAGGUCCUGCUGACACUAAGGCGGCACCUGAUUCAUCUACACUCUGCGCAUCCUUUACCUCUGCCCCGUCAGACCUAGAGGACGGUCACCCAUCCCAGACACCCUGUACCUCCUCAGGUUUACACACAUGGUCCUCUGCAGCCAUAACAUGUACAUCAGCCAGCCACCCUCCACGCACAGCAGCUUCUCUUUCCCCAGCCACAACACCAGCCCAGAGACCACUGUCAAGGUCCAAACCCACCUCUCCUCCCUCUCCAUGUCCCACCUUGUUCCCGUCCCCCGGUCCAGCCACAAUGCCAACUCAGACCUGUGCUCUUGGACCAAGGAGGAAGGGCCUCGCCCGCAAGAUGCGGCGCAGCCAGAGGCAGCGGGGGCGACCGAGUAGCACCCCAUUUGCCACGGAGGGAGAGAGGAGAACAGAGGAGGAGAGGAUGGAGGAGGACGUUGAGCAGGAUGAGGAGCAAAUGGAAGAGGAGACUUCUGGAGAAACAGCAGGACGUCAGCAGUAAUACAAGGUAGAGUUUAAGAAACAUCCUUGCUGGACAACUGGGCACACAAAGGCACAAUAUAGCAGCACAGGUGGAGGCAGUACAGAAGCAUUUAACCCACAUUUUCUCCAAAAGAAAUGGAAAUAUUGCCUAGACAAUCUUUUAAAUAAGCUCAUUAAUGGCUCAUUUUGGUAUAUUAGAACAGAACAAAAUCAUUCUUGUUUAAUAAAGGAGGUCAUAACCCUAAAAGAUAUUUAAGAUGGCACUCUGAGAUAUAUGCACGCACACACACACACAGCUUCUAAGGAACAACAUAAUAUACUGCAAAUAUUACACAUCAUUUCCAUAUUGAACCCACCAAUUACAGUGUGGCCAUCAGUAGCAGGCUUCUACUGUCCUCUUCUUAGAAACGAGAUGAAGCGUCACCCUUCUCUACACCUGACUCUACGUGCUCUGUGAAACACGAGUAAUGCAAGCACUGUAUUCUGACAUUUUCAGAAAUAUUUUUGUAUAAUUAUGAGAUUUAAUAAAUUGUGGGUAACAGCGUUGUUGUAACAACAGAGUCCCAGCGUGACGGCCUAAACCAGACCAUUCUGGCUACUGGCCAGGACAAAAACAGAUUUCUUAUUUAGAGGCAAAACCUCACAUUUAAUGACCUUGACUUCAUUUUAUGUUGUAGUUCCCUCCAGUGUACAAUUGUUGACAUUUUGGGUCCAUUUUAAGGAAACCUGACACUUUGUAAUCAAGCAUAAAUGAUAAAAAUCCUGUCUGUUUUGGAGGGUCACACAUCCAUGAAGGUAGAGCAAAUGGCUGAUUGAAAUUAUGUAAAUAAUGAGACUAAUGAAUGUAGACAUUGUAGAUGUGGCACAAGAUCAUUAUGCCAUGUCUGAGAGUGAGAACUUUUGCAUUGGCCCUAUUUAACCCUAUAUAACCCUCUGGCAGUUGAAAAUGCUUCUUGUGUGAAAUAGAUGUAGAGAAAGAAUUGUUUUGUUGUUCUCCUCACAUAUUUAUCAGAGUUUGUAUAUAAAAUAUGUAAAACGCUAACAUGCCUGUUUUUAUUAAUGGACUGAUGAUGAGGGUUUCACAAAGACUUGUACUUUGUGCCUAGAGGUUUCUUACCAAAAUCAUCCACUAGAGGGUAGUAGAUGUAACAAAUUCUGCACAAUCUCAGCAAACUGUUGAGAUUAAACAGUUUGUAAAUUUACUCAGGCUGCAACUAAAGAGUAUUUUCAUAAUCCUUUAACCUGUCUUUUAUUUUCUGGAUUAAUCAACUUGUAAUUAUUCUGUAAAAUGUAACAAAACAAUGGGGUCUGUCCACAAUCAUGUUUCAGGGUCCAAGGUGUCAUUACAUUUGUUCACUUUUUUCAGCCACAACAGUCCAAAAAAAA